AUGAUUUUUUUAUUUGAGCAUUUAAACUCUCAAGAACCGAGUUUGAUUCCUAUCUUUGAUCUUUUAUAUCAUUGUAGACCAAAAUAUUGUCUUCAACCAAUAUUUUUCAAUUCUUUUCGUAGUAGUUUAAUAAUUUCAAUUGUGGCUCUCUUUCAAAUUCAUUCUUCAACUUUAAGAGUGUUGCAUUCAAAGAAUUUGGCUUUCAGCAAAUUUGAAUAA